GAACGACGAUCUUGCGAGACGCCAUCUUUAAACCCCACAAGAACCCAACUACAGUGGAGACAUCACCGGAUUGAGGAAACACGGAUAAAAAAAAAAAUACACAUUAUGUAAAAAAUGUUUUCCCUAGUUAAAUGACAAGCUCGGCUCUGUGCGACGGGACAGAAUUGACACGAUGAGAACUGCGGUCUUUUUAAGAACGUCGUGAUCCUUGGCGGCCAACAACAAUAGGGACGGAAAGACAACAACAAGGGACUAGCAUGCUAACAUGCUAAUCGUUAGCCACUCAUAUUGUGUUUGUGCUGUUUAGCAUAACUCAUUUGGACACACCCAAAGAGGUUUAAUAACCACCUUUCGAAAUCGAAUAAUUCCACUUUUUUUUUUAAAUUUAUGUUGCUUUCUUGCUGGCUAGCUCGCUAAAAAAAAGCUCGGUCCCGGCUUCUUCCUCCCUCCCCCCCUCCCCUUUCCCCCCAAGCGGCCCGGCCGGAGAUGCGUGGAAGAUGUCGGUGUCGGGGCUGAAGGCCGAACUGAAGUUUUUAGAGUCCAUUUUUGACCCAAAUCACGAACGAUUCCGGAUUAUCGACUGGAAACCAGACGAGCUGAGCUGUCAGUUCAAUGUGACCGGGGAGAAGCUGUUAAUUAUCCACUGUAACAUUACGGAGUCAUAUCCGUCCACUUCCCCCAUUUGGUUCGUGGACUCCGACGACCCCAGCUUGGCGCAAGUGUUGGAACGUUUGGAAGAUGUGAGGAAGGGCAGCACCUUGCUUCUGCAGCAGUUAAAGAAGCUAAUUUGUGACCUCUGCCGACUCUACAACCUUCCCCAACAUCCCGAUGUGGAGAUGCUGGACCAGCCGUUACCCGCCGGCCCUGUAGGACAAGAGCGGAAGCAUGGGACAGAGGAGGUCACAUCAGAAGAAGAAGAGGAGGAAGAAAUGGGGGAGCAGGACAUAGAAGACCUGGACCACUACGAAAUGAAAGAGGAGGAGCCCGUAGAAGGCAAAAAGUCGGAGGACGACGGCAUCGAGAAGGAGAAUCUCGCCAUCCUGGAGAAGAUCCGGAAGAACCAGCGUCAAGACCACUUGAAUGGAGCUGUGUCUGGCUCCGUGCAGGCCUCAGACCGCCUCAUGAAGGAGCUCAGGGAGAUCUACAGGUCCCAGAGUUAUAAAACAGGCAUCUUCUCAGUGGAGCUCGUCAAUGACAGCCUUUACGAAUGGCACGUCAAACUACGAACUGUGGAUCCGGAUAGUCCCUUGCACAGCGAUUUGCAAGUCUUAAAGGAGAAAGAAGGAAUGGAUUACAUUUUACUAAACUUCUCCUAUAAAGAUAAUUUCCCUUUUGAUCCUCCGUUUGUGCGUGUGGUGUCGCCUGUGUUGUCUGGGGGCUACGUUCUUGGAGGAGGCGCCCUGUGCAUGGAACUUCUCACCAAACAGGGUUGGAGCAGUGCCUAUUCCAUUGAGUCUGUCAUCAUGCAGAUCAACGCCACUUUAGUCAAAGGAAAAGCCAGAGUGCAAUUUGGAGCUAAUAAGAACCAGUACAAUCUAGCCAGAGCACAGCAAUCCUACAAAUCUCUUGUCCAGAUCCAUGAAAAAAACGGAUGGUACACACCCCCAAAGGAGGAUGGCUAGACCUUACUUUUUUCCUGCACUUGGAACGUUUUUAUUUUCUUGUGACCAACAUUUUUUGGGGGGUAAUCAUGCAAACCAAUUAUGAACAUUUGUGAAGCCAAAUUCCUCUUCCAGUGACCGACCAACCGAAACAAGCACAUUAGCACAUAUACAACCUUUCCCCUCUGCCUGUGGACGUUUAGCUUGUCGUCACAUAUUUAUCGUUGUACGUCUGAGCCGCCAUAGCAAUGCUUGCAUCCAAUACUUGAAGGGAAAACAGUGGACUGAUUAGCACUGACCCUCCUGUUUGGUUCUGGAUGUUGCUGGGCACAGUGGCCAAUUUUUACAUUGAUGUCACAGCUUGCUUUUUUGGCCAGAGACCCGGUCUAACCGCACUGUUGGAUCAAAUCAUAGAAGAGGAGGAUGCUUGUAACGCCAGCUUGCAUUUGGACUUCUGUUAAAACUGAUGCUCUAAGGAGGAAAGAAGACCUUUUGUGAAACGGACAAGGCGCAAAAGAACGUGCAGAACAUCCCAGAUCACACUGUAAUCUAGUUGCUUUUAACACCACACGUGUAAACAUGUACAUUUGUAUUUCUGCAAGAGGAUUAAAUUGUUUAUAAUGUAGCCUUGUCCCGGCACAGACUGGUACUCGUUUGGCAGAGUCCCAACAGCAGCAUCCUCCUUAAAACAAGAAGAAUAAGAAGCUGCAUCAUGGAACCUCUUGCAUAAGAAACCUUAAGUAUGGUAUAUUCUUAUGUAAGUCUAAUGACUACUGGGUUGUUUUCUUCAAUGUUAAGUUGUAAAGGUGUUAUUGGUGACAAUGACAUUCCCAUGUUUUUGUUUGACAGCACCUCUUAAGUCAGAGCCGUUACUGGCAUUUUGGCGAGUCUUUUUGUCAUUCCUGAAACCGGAGGAACCUCAAAUCAGGCUAUGCAUCGAACAAACCGUUAAGUCAGUCGAGUCACCCCUUUGUGGUAGUCUGGAGGUGGGGAAUCGUGACUUUCUUGACGCAUCAUUGACAGCACAUUUAGUUUUCCUCAGCAAGGUUAUCACCGAAUCACAGCAAUAGUCUCGACUUCAGUCCAGUAUGCUUCUUCCCUAUCUCAACACCACAGAACUCCCUCAUCUGUGAUGUUCAGUAAUUCCUAUUCCUAAACAAAAUGCAUUCCAAAGGAUGUUCUGAAUACUUGCAUACCGUAUUUCCUCACAUAGUUUCCUCCACUCCACUCCUUUAUUUCCCAGGUGCAUCAUUCACGUCAACAAAUACACUUCAAUUUGGUACAUCAAAUCCUGAUAUGAUUGAAGGACAAAAAUCUACAGUCUUUUUUUUUUUUUUUUUUUGACAAACCAGGUCACUAACAAAUCCAAACAGAAUACCCGGGUCAUUUAACACUUGCUGCUUCAGCUGCAGUUCAGGCAGAUCCAAAUGUGUCAGCAAGGAACCAAAUUGAGGAAUGGUUCUGCCUCUAAUUUGAGUACAUUAAUAACAAAAACCAAGAAUGAAAAGACACACAAAUGGAACAUGCAUGGCAGGUCGUUGGGGAUACACCUGAUCACAUAGUCUCUGGCACAAAUUGUAAAAAAAAAAAAAAGCAACAA